GCAAUCCACGAAUAACCAUAUUAUCACGAGUACUGUGUAUACAGCGGAUUCUAUUAUUUAUACCAAGGUACCGAAUACUGUUUAUAAUUUCUAAAUUGAUAUUGCAGACUCAGUAUUAUAUCAUUAGUUAUAUACAGGCAUAUUAACAAUUAAUGGACAUAACAAAGACAUUAUUUCCAUACUCUGGAAAAUGGACGCCUAUAUAUUAUAAUAAGAUCUUUCAUCCAAACCUUUGCCACAUUUGCAAGAAAACUAGAGAAGUGACAAAUCUGACAACAUGUGAUCGGUGUUUCUUAAUCUCUUAUUGUUCUGAAGAUCACAAAAACCAGCACCUUCCUCAACACCGCGAGAUUUGCAGAGCUAUGAGAAAGUUUUUGAAGAACAACCCGUUAUAUCUCACUCGCAGUUUUAGUUUUACGGAAUGGUUCAAAACACAAAAUAAGUUUCGUCAAUCAGUUCGAAAGGAUCUAAGGCGUAUGCUUAAGAAUUACGAAACUCAAAUGUUCGUCUUCGCAAGAUCAUGUUUUAUUUGUUAUCAGCAAACCGGACUGUAUUCCUGCAAAAGAUGUUUGUCCAUCGACUAUUGUCUAGAACACAAGGAAGAUUUCGAACAGAAACAUGCACAAAUGUCCUGCGACUAUUUGAUACUAUGGCUCAAUCUUGAACUCUCAAAUGUUCAGUAUGAAAGUACAGCCUCAUUAUCGUUGAAAUUUAUGAAGUUUCCCGAUAACAAAAGACCAUUCAAUAAUAUGGAAAAAUUUAUAGAAGAAUAUGUACAAGAUAAAAAGGGCGAAUGGAACGCCUUGGAUUAUAUAUACACCGAUUACGUGUCAGGACCGCUAUCGGUAUAUUAUGGUAUAUCACACGCGGAAUUGUCUGAUGUUUUACUGUCGGGAAUUACCUGUAUUAUUCAUAUUAUAGAAGCAGGUUCCACAGAAAGAAUAGGUUUACCAGCUUGGGAAAUAUUGUUACAUCUUUUCCCAAAUAUUCAAGUACUAACAGUUGUAUUGUUAGGAACAGGCUUACAACUUGAAGGUGGUAGACAGGAGAUUUGUCGCCGUUGCGUUUGCGAUGCGAAGAGAUUUAUCUAUGAAUGUUGUGAUAUGACAUACAGAAAUUACAUGGCCAAUCCCAUAAAUAGCAAAGCGGACCUAAUCGUAGGUUUUGAAUCAAUAUUCCAAUCUGAAUCAUUUGACGAAUGUUUAAGAACAAUGCAAUCUCAGAAAUGUCCUGUACUUUUAACCACUUCCUUCGAGACAGCAUUCGAAGAAAUAGAUGAGAUUCAGGUAGUUCUUGGUAAAGAUGUAUGUCCUAUUAUUAACGUUAAAAAUGAAUUCAGUUCUCUAAGACCAUACAGACCCUAUAACUAUAUUAUUUAUCGUAAUUCAUAUUUGAUUGUCUACGAAACAUUAAAGAAUAUAAACUGUACGACUAAAAACAGUAGUUAA